AUUGUCCACAGUUCUUCGUUCCAUUUCACUCACACGUUCUGUUUUUUUCGAUUUUCUCGCAUUUUCCGCGGUUUUUCCCAUCUGGGUGAAUUUUUCAAAACUCAGGAAAGCAAACGGCAUCGAAAACUGAAAAAAUUAAAAUUUUGAGAUAAUAUAAAAAGCCAAAAAACGCAAAAAAGGUAGCCUAAAUUCAGGGGCAGCAUUCCCUAUCGGUCUUUUUCUCAUUUUUUCUCUUUCGCACUUCGUGACGUCAUAGAAUAUCGCCUGCUCAAUCAACAGAAGCCGUAUGUGUACCAGCUGAGAUGUGUUGAGACACUAGUGGAUUUAGUGGACGAUAUACAUAUGUCAAUCAGAUUAUUCUGGAAUUUACUUUUAUUUCGGAAUUUUUAGUUUUAUUUGUACGAUAAAAUGGAUCAAGACAAAUCCAGUAGCAAUAGUUCCUUUGAGGAUUUAACCAAUACUGCGGCUGAAUUGGAGAAAAUGCCCGAGAAGACGGAAGAAGAGAAGAAAUCACAGCAGGAAGAUAUCAUGGACAUUUUGGGAAAUGGGCAGCUUACCAAGAAGAUCCUCGUCAAGGGGCGAGAGGAGCCAAAACCCCUCACUGGAGAUAUCUGUAGGAUCACAUUUGAAGGGAAACUCGAAGAUGGAACAGUGGUGGAGAAGGAGGAAGGUUUCCUGCUCAAUGUUGGAGAGCAUGAGGUUUGUCAGGGUCUUGAUAUGUCCCUGGCCCUCAUGUAUCCGGGGGAAAAGGCUGAAGUAAAGGUGAAUCCUCGAUUUGCUUAUGGCGCUCUUGGGUUGAAAAAUGAAAAAGAUCCAUCCAGGGACAUCCCACCAGACGCAACGAUUACCUACACAGUUGAGCUUAUCUCCUGUGAACCCGAAGACGAAUCCCAAACCAAGACAUUUGAGAAUCGCAAGAAAAUUGGGACACGGAAGAGAGAACGCGGGAAUUUCUGGUACAAUCGUGCGGAAUACAACAUAGCUAUUCAGCUGUAUAGGCGUGCCCUUGAAUAUUUGGAUGACUCAGACGGCCCCGCAGAGACAACUCUUGAAUCCUUCACAACAUCCGAGCUCCAGGAACUUCUAGAAUUGCGAAUUUUUGUCUACAAUAACCUCGCAGCGGCUCAGACAAAGAUUCAAGCCUACGACGUUGCUCUCAAGUCAAUUGAAAAUGUCCUACGGGUGCAGUCAAAUAAUGUCAAGGCGCUCUAUCGCAAAGGGAAGAUCCUAGAGGCACAGGGUGACACGAGUGGGGCUAUUUCAAUUUUCCAAAAAGCCGCCACACUAGAUCCCGAAAAUAAAUCCUUUCAAACAGAGCUGGGAAAAUUAAUUCUCAAGCGCAGUCGGGAGGCACGCAAUGAGAAGGAUCUGUACCAGAAAAUGUUGGGGCAAGCCCAGAAGCUGGAACAGAGGGACAAUAGAAAGGCAGAAACGCGCAUGCCGCCAAAUUGGCGACCGUGGAUAAUCCUGGGAUCGGUGCUCAUUGGAGUGGCUGGAGUUGCACUUUAUCGAUACAAAUACUUCUAAAAUACGGAAAAAUGGAAUAAUUCUCUGCUCCUUAUCCCUACCUUUUUUUUACAAUCUACUUACACCUGAAUGAAAAAAAAAACCAACACUCUGAAAUUAUUAUUUUUAAGUGGACUUUCCUGAUCCUAAAUUGAAGAUCAAAAUGAGCAUUUUUGGGAGCUUAGAAAGGAUCAUUUUGCAAAAUGUAAAAGUGCUUUUAUGGUGAAUUGUUUUCUCGUUUAUCUUUUCUGCCUGAUUAUUCUUCAUUCCACAAUGCGUAAUGCAUUUAGAUGAUGGUAGAGGAAAUGUAAAUAUACUAUUUAAUCGAAAUAUACCAGUGGAAUUAUUUACAA